AUGAGCCACAUGAUCCCCUCCGGACAAUACAAGAUCAAGAAUGUCUUGUAUGCAGACCGGUACGUCUACAUGUCAGAAAGCGGGGAGGUCGUCGGCCACGACGUCGGUCAAGUCAUCAAAGUCGAUGUCAAGGACAAGGCUCAGCAUCUUGCGACUCUCUAUGAUACUGCGACAAAAUUGUACCUUGCAAUCGACCAGAUGGGCGGCAAAGUCAAAGGCCAGAAAGAUGCGCAGGUGCUCCAGUUGUCCAGCGACGACGGCGUCAAAUUUGAGAUCCAUCCAAAGGACUUCAACGACGUGUGGUUUCUCGCAGACGGUGGAAACUGGACUACUAUCACUGCUCAGGCAGCUCCCCCCUCGGACGCGAAGUACUGGGAAUUCGAACAGGCGUAA